AUUACUUACAUACAUAUAUGCUUUUGAGCUUACCAGCUGUUUCAUUCACUAGAUGCUUAACUGCCUCAGGGCUGGCUUUCUCUCACGCAAGGAGGUUCCAAGGUGGUCUCGGUCUUCCUCUUCUGGUAUAAUUUUGAUGUGUGUUUUCAAACGCUCAUUAACCUGGGCGAACUUCGACCUUACAACAUGUCUCUUACUCACUUCCUCAUAAUAUGUUCUCCGUUCUUUGGACAUGUGCGUCCAAUCUUUGCCUUUACUAUGAAUCUUUUGGUGAUGUAUCCUGAGCUUCACAUAACUUAUGUCACCACUGGAACAAGCACUUCGGGGUUGUCUCCUUCAUUCGAGCAGGAAAUGACGCUGUAUGGGCUUCAGGACGAACCUCGCUCGCGCUUGCAUUUGGAGCUUUUAGGAGAAGGCAAAAAGGAUUCCCUGGUGGAACAAAUGGUCUCGUUAUUUGCCUUGAUACCGGCGUUUCUGGAAGAGCUCUUCACUCCCGGAACUCAGCAAUCGACUUUCAAACAGGUGCCUUCUUUGUCAAUCAUAGACAUUUUGGCCUUACCUUCAGUCGACCUCUUGGAUAAGAUUUACUUUUCAAAAUGCAAUACAUUGCAUAAAAUACCCGCCUUAUGCUACUCCCCAACGAACGCGGCCACUUUGAAUCUAUAUUGGCUGCGCAAGGAAGAAUAUCCUGAAACCUUUUGGAGACCGAUUUAUUCACAAGCGGAGAAAGAAGUGGAGACUGGCAUAUAUGAGAAUUUGACAGUAGAUCAUGUUGCAUACAAGAUCUGGUGUAGAGCUUCUAAUAUCGAUGCCAAAACAGUCAGCCUACCCCCGAUGCAUCAUCAUGAACUUAACCCGCAGACGGAUUCACUGGACACCAGCGAAAGCUCGGUAGUUGUUUCCCAAGCGCAAUUAGCCAUAUCAAUCACCAAUCGUAUGGACCGACUAAACGGCUUCAUUAUACACACCACUCCAAUUAUGGAACCAGGGGAAGCGGAAGAAAUGCAGCAUAUAUCGCCAAUGCACCUUUUCUAUCAUAUUGGCCCACAGUAUCCGGAGACAUGGUGGACUGAUGGAAUACCCACGGAGGUGCAAGUCCUUUCUACCGAGGAUCGAAAAGUCGUAUCUUUCUUGGAUGACAUGCUCGACCGCUAUGGAGAGAACAGUGUCGUAUAUAUCAGCUUUGGGACUACCUUCCUUCCUUCCAACGCCCCACAUUUAUUCGAUGCACUCUUGAAAACACUGCUCGGUGCAGAGCCGCCUCUGCCAUUCCUGUUCGCGGGUGCCAUUAACAAUAAACUGCUGACGGCAGAUCAUCGCGAGGCAAUCCAGAAGUCUGGCCAUGGACUAUUGGCCGGGUUUGUUCCCCAACAAGCGGUGUUGAAACAUAACGCGACUGGAUGGUAUUUGUGUCAUGCUGGUUCAAAUUCUGUUUCCGAAGCGUUUUUGAAUGAAGUCCCUAUGAUUCUGUGGCCAUAUACUAUGGAUCAACCUCUCAUUGCAAAUCAACUCUCAGUCAGACUCAAGCUUGCAUAUGAACUUGUUCAGGUGCGGAAUGGUGAGAGCAUUGGUCGGCCAACACAUCGCGGCUCGAUAGUUGAAGGAACGCAGGAGGCGAUAGAAGAGGAGAUGAGGGAGAUAUGGAAACUAAUGAGAGGCAAAGAUGGAGCCGAGAUGCGACAAAGGGUCAUCGCUUUCAGCAAGGCUAUGAAAAUUGACCACUGGCAAGGCGCUGCGCGCAAGGCAAUGGAGGGGUUCGCCACAUUCCUGACGGAGUGAUACACCGAUAGUAGAUGUAGAUUGUAUGUACACCUACAUAUCAACAGUAGUAAUGAAUCUUGAUAAAUCAAACCCGUCUCACAGUCUAUGAUCAAAAAGAACCACCAUCCUCUUUAUCAUUUGACGACUUCUCAUGCAACUUCU